UGCUUCUGCACGAGGUCGGCCCGCAGCACGGUCAGCUUUUAAGCAUUCGUGUGGAAAGUCAACCAUUAAACCGACGUAUCGAAUGCCUGUUAUUGUGCGAGGCCCCGAGCUUCACAGAAAAUAAACAUCACUUAAGAUGCUACUGCCCCUGCCCCCAGGAGCUCCCCGCUGUCACAGAGACAGAGUUGUAGCGGGUGUGGUGGGCUGUCUGCGUUGUGUAAGAAUUCCGUGUGUGUGUCCUGAAGGGCAGCAAGGAGCACGGGGUGUCCAGGAUGGGGCGGCGCCCGCAACUCACUUACGUUUAUUAGAAACCAUUUUACAAUGGCAAAGGCCAGAGCCACAAUCAGGAAACACAGAGCACCUGGGCCGGGCAGUGACAUUCGCGCUGCUCCCCCGUGGCCCCUGCGCCUCCUGGUUUGAGGGAAAAUAGUUAAGUGACUUGGUUUCCAAAGGCUUCUCUGCUAGUUUGCAGAUACCACAGUUAAGGAAGAAUUAGAAGGAAGUGGGGCGUGCUGGGCAAAUUAUGCAAAUCUGCAUGAAAGGGGCCAGGUCUCAGGAGUGGGAGCAGGAGCUGGGGGCCCUGUUGGGAGGGCUGUGGCUUCCCCCCGGAGCGUGAGUCUCCGCCUGGAACCCACCUGCCUGGACCGCUGGCCCGGGGAGCGCUCGCUCUGCACCCCUACGUGUCCCCAGGGGCGCUUGCCCUGUGCAGCGGUCCGGGUCAUUCAGAGGUGGAGGCGGUGGGGUCCGUCCACGGGGGAGGGCUCCAGUCCUCUCCCACGGCUGGCCCCUGUCCCGAGUCCCUUAGAACAGACCUGCUAGGCCGUUGGCUUGGAGGGGUACCUGCCGAAACCACGCAGAGAGCAGCACCCGGCCCAGUGCGGGGGAAUCGGUCGCGCGAAGGUGGCGGGAGGGAGCAUCCUCGCCCGGCUCAGGGAGGCUUGGCGAGGGUGCACUCGGCAGACGGGCUGACAGGAGAGAGGCCACCCCGACUGGAACCCUGCCCAGGGUGACGUUAUGGGGCCGCCGCCGGGGGUGGGAGCAGAGUGGGCUGCGGCCCCGAGGUUGAGCUGGGUUCUGGGCAGGCAGAGGUGGCCCGUGCCACUGUGCGGACCGCCUGGCUCUGAGCCGUCUGUAUGACACGCGCUGGAGCUGUGCCUUCGGCCUCCGCAGUUCUCUGUCGGCAAGGUGGGUUUGGCCCGUCGACUCCACAUGUUUACUGAGCACCUACUGUGUGCCAGGCCCAGGCCGGCUGUCCGAGAUACAAAGAUGGAUGAGAUGCAGCCUCGGCCCUGUGCGUGCUCACGACCCGUGGGCCCGCACUGCCCAUGACAGGCUUGUUCUAGCAAGGGGUGGUCCCCGGAGCACCGUCCGCAGGCAGGCCUGGCGGGGCCAAGCGGGGCAGGUACCAAGAGGCCCGACUCUAGGGGCGGAAACCGGUUCCGGGCCAGCCUCGCCAUAAGUGGCACUGUGGCUCCGGCCGUUCGUCCCUCUGAGCCCAUGUUCUUCGCCUGCGAGUAGACGCCUUGCCGUGCCCGCCUCCCGAGGGCACGCUGAGCUGCGUGUCCGUGCCUCCUGCCUCCUGCCUCCUUGGAGCUGAGCACUGGCCCCGGGGGUGACGCGCUCUGGCCGCUUGGCGCCUGUGUGCAGAUGGCAAGUCCCGCCCGCGGAGCCCACAGGCGCUGCGCCCCUGGCUGCUCAGUGGGGUGGCCCCAGUUCCCGGCCGACGCCCCGUCCCUCUGCCAGCUCUGUCCCAGGCCGAGUGGGGGCUCCGUGAGAACAUCCCACCCCGCUGCCUCGUGCUCAUCCUCAGCAGGCUCAGCCACCCAGGCGAGGGGUCAAGCAUGAGUCAAGGGCAAGUCAGCUUUCGAGCUGAAGCUGCUCACUGAUUAAGUAGUCUCCAUCGAGAAAGCGGGGCUGGAAGGUUCAGGGGUGCCUGCUGGACAUCUGGAGCCGCGGGCAGGGUGGGGCGCACGGCCCCUCACGGCUCUCUCCCUCCACAGCUGCCUGCGGCAUGUUCGAGAACGUGAACGCCGCCCUCACGCCCCAGCCCCAGUCUGGCCGCCCCUUCCCCCGCUCGUCCUGGUCGCCGGCCCCCGGCUCUGCCGCCCUGGGCUCUGCAGAACACGGCGGGCCAGGGCUCUGGGGAGGCGGCAGCCAGCACCUCGAGGACCUGGGCCAGGCCGUGGGAACCAGAGCGAGUGACCUCCUACAGUGCACAGAGCCGUGGAGCGGGGCCAGUGCGGGCACCGUGGAGGUCAACGCAGCCGCGGAAGCCCAGCUGGCCAGUGGCGGGGGUGGCAGGCCGUGGGAAGCGUUCCCCCGCCUGGAGCCCCCGCCGCCUCCCGCGACCCGGAAGCGCACCCCUCGGGCCCUGAAGACCACACGGGACAUGCUGAUCUCCUCCCAGCCCGUCCUGAGCAGCCUGGACUGCGGGGCCGAGCUGGUCCCCGGCCAGCCCCAGGACGCCCCGCCCGUCCCCGCAGAGGUCACCAUGGACGUGGUGCAUGGGGGUGGGGCUCUGCCCAAUGGCCAGCUGUCCCUGUCGGUCCCCGACCUGAUCCACCAGGACAGCCAGGAUGAGGCCAGACUGAAGGCCACCGAGGGCGGAAGGGCCCCCUCUCCCGGACCCGUCCAGAGAAACAGCCGCUCACUCAGCCCGAGCCCCACCAGCCCGGCUGAGCGGCCAGAGGACAGCGGCCUGGACAGUGAGGGCCCGCACCCUGACCUGCUGUCCUUCGAGUAGGGCCCCCACCGCGGCCCUGGCCGGCUCAGCCAUCCUCCCGGCGCCAUGCUGCCCUCCCGGGGCAGGGCCCGGCCGUGGAUGGCGGAGGCCGGGGCCGUCCCCACUGGCUCCCUGAGCUCUGGGCCCGGCCGGCUCCGGCUCCUGCUGGGUGGCCGGGUGGGACCUCCCUCCGGCCAGCGUCUCCGCUCCUGCCUCUGCUGGCCUCGGGUCAGGCUGGGCACGAUGGCUCUGGCUUGCUGACGGGCGCAGACCCAGAAGGCCACCCACUGAUGCGGCCCAGCAAGGCUGCUACUGAGACAGUGCAGGCCCUGGCAGUGGCCCAGCCUUUCUCCCUGUGGGCGCCCGUCCCGGGCCUGGGACCCCCAGCAGCCUUGUCACUGGGGUCUCGGGCAACCCACCUGCCAGGCGCAGAGCUCAGUGAGCUGUCCCUGGGCCGGCACAGCGCGCUGCCAGCCGGGAGGGCCGACCAGCUCUGUGGGCACUGAGCCUGGGAAGUGGCUGCACAGCGUGCUCUGGUCUUCUGGGCACCCAGGAGGUCGGCACUCAGGGUCCCUGGGAGCCAAGCAGAAGUGGGGGGCAGUGGAAGUGGGACAAGGACGGGGCGCAGGCCGCAGGGGACGUGGGGAGAGCCCGGGCCUCUUGACCUGGCGGCCACUAUCCACUCUGGAGCCAGGUCCGAGCCUCCCGCCUGGGGUCGCUCCCGGCACUGAGGCCACGAGCUUCCCUCUGCUCCCGCCUUUGGGACCCACGUGCGGUGAUGCGGCCACCCCACCCUGACUGGGUCCCGCCCUCCGGGGUAACUGCUCUGUGCUGUCGGGGGGUGGGGGAGUCCCCCGCUGGGGCCCGGGCCGCAGGAAGAGCCCGUCCCUGUCCUCGAGCAGGGUGGCCGCGUCGCCGUCCUCCCCCGAGCCCCGCACCCCGUUUUCGCUCACUGUUCCGCUCACUUCUCACCUCAGCCUGGGCCCUGCUCCCCACCUCUGUCCCGGCCUCCUCCUCCCAACUCCACCCCGACCCCCGCAAUCUGCGGCCCUCCCUGCACAGCCCCCUCCUGUCUCCUGCCGUUCUGAAAGCAGCGCGGCUCGUGCCUGUCCCCAGGAGGGUCCGUGCACACAUCGCCCUGUGGGCGAGGGCACACGUGCAGGGCCGUCACAGUAAGGGCAUGGGCUGGGACACCUCGCCUGAUGUGCAGUGUCCUCUGGACUCGCAACUCGGGCGUGAGUUUCCCAGAGUGCCCCGGGUUCUCCUGAGCGCGGCGGGGUGGGGCAGGGGGCCUUGGUGCAUGGCGCACCCGGCCUGGCCUCCACAGCAGGGGCUCCGUGGGCUCCGACGGGCCUGCGCUCCUCCCAGCACCGGGCGGCUGUGGCUGGGUGAUGCUGUGGCCAUGGGUGCGAGGCCGCAGGCCCAGCCGGCCCGGGCACCGUGCUCCCUGCCCCACCCCACCCCCAGCCACGCUGCAGCCCUGGCCCUUGACCCCGAUCAGCACGGGGUCCUACCAGCGGUCCCAGCACCACCGCCACGGUGACCCAGGGUUCCCCGGACACGUCUGACACCAAAUAGGGGCUGGGGGCCCUGCUCCAGCGCUGACGGUCCUCCCUGCCCCCCGGCUCAGACCAGCCCUGUCCACCCCGCUUCCCGUGUCCGCGCCCAGCCUCACCGCCCUACGACUGCAGUGUGGGAGCCACCCUGACACGCACGCGUGCUCGCACACGCACACACCGCACGCACGCACGCGCACAUACACAUGCAAAGCAGCACACACGCACACACGCAUUCACACACCAGCACACGUGCACACUCGUGCAUGCUCCGCCCUCGUCCUAGAUCCGGCUCUCUGGGAACCUGGCCCUCGGCGGGUAGGUCUAGGCCAGGGGUGAGGACGGACGCAGGGCCUGUCCUCUGUGUGCACAUGUGGACUCUGGGGCCCAGUCUCUUCUCUCCCUGUCCUCCCCACCCCCUUGUCCCGCGCCCUGUGGGCAGCGCUACCUGAGCUUCCGGAAGCUGGGGGGGGGCGUUCCCUGGAGGGGAGGAUGUCCCUGUCACCUCCAGUGGAUGAUGUGAGUCAGACACACGUGAUCCACCCGGCUGUCGAGGGGCAAAGAGAUUGGCCCGGUCGGGGCGGGGGCGGAGAUUACAGAUCUGAGUAUUUUCUAGAGAUUUUAUAUUUAUAUUUUAAUAAUUUUCUGGUAGAAGACAAUGGCACAAUAAAGAGAUUGAUUUGGUUUUGCUGGUCUGGUUGUGCCCUCCUGACGGGGGUGGUGGUUGGUGUUCCGACCUGGAACGACCGGGGGCACGGAACGUGAGGGGACGGGCCACCAGCCUCCGACCC